CAAAGCUUCCCUAAGCAUUGCGGUGCAUCUCUCCUCUCCCAGACCUGAGAACGAGGUGCAUUGGCAAUUGCUCAGCAAUUUCCUUGCCAGCCUUCUUUCCCUCUUCUCUUCUUCUUCGUCCUCCUCCUCCUCCUCUUCUUCCUCCUCCUUGUCCUUUUGCAGAGAUGCAGCCGGAGUCACAGAAGAUGCAAGCCUUCAUCUCUCCCUCCUGCAAUUUCUAAAGGAGAAAGGGAAGGAGAAUCAAGGAGAAAGGAGGGGGGCAUUGCAGACUCUGCAACUCUACAGGAAAGAAGGGGUGCCAGUUCUGGAGGGAGGGAGGCUCAGUCUCUUGCAGGCAAUCCAGCCUUCCCCCCUCCCCAAUCCCUGCAGGCAUCCAGCUCCCACUAUCUUCUUCUGACCAGGUGUAGAUGCUCAUGCAGCCAAGAAGGGAGAGGCUAGUGGUUAGAGCUGAAGCUGGAUGGAUGGGUAUGGGGAAAGGGGCAAGAACCAAAGCCCUGGGACUGAUCCAAACCUUCUUUGUCUCUCUCUGCGUCUUCCCAACAGUGACGUCUCCCUGCAGAAUCAUGAAGUGCAACUCUGAAUUCCUGGCCGCCACGUCUGGGCCCCACAACCUGGGUGCGGAGGAGGCCCCCGAAUUCUGCACCGCCCUGCGCGCCUACGCCCACUGCACCCACCACACUGCCCGCACCUGCCGGGGGGACUUGUUUUACCACUCCGCUGUCCACGGCAUUGACGAUCUCAUGGCCCAACACAACUGCUCCAAAGACGGGCCCACCUCGCCACCCCGCCUCCGCCCCCCACCAAGAGGAGACAGCCAGGAGCGUUCGGACAGCCCCGAAAUCUGCCAUUACGAGAGGAGCUUCCAUAAACACUCCCCGCCUCCCAACUACACUCACUGCGGGCUCUUUGGGGACCCCCACCUCAGGACUUUUUCGGACAGUUUCCAGACAUGCAAAGUCCAGGGGGCUUGGCCCCUCAUAGACAAUAACUACCUGAACGUCCAGGUGACAAACACACCUGUCCUGCCUGGUUCCAUGGCAACAGCCACCAGCAAGCUCACCAUCAUCUUCAAGAGCUUCCAGGAAUGCGUGGACCAGAAGGUCUACCAAGCUGAGAUGGAUGAACUCCCCGCUGCCUUCGCUGACGGCUCCAAAAACGGCGGCGACAAGCACGGUGCCAACAGCUUGAAAAUCAUUGAGAAAGUCUCUGGCCAGCACAUCGAGAUCCAGGCCAAGUACAUUGGCACCACCAUUGUGGUCAGGCAGGUGGGCCGCUACCUGACCUUCGCUGUGCGGAUGCCCGAGGAGGUGGUGAAAGCUGUGGAAGAUGGAGACAACCAGGGCCUUUACCUCUGCCUCCGGGGAUGCCCGCUCAACCAGCAGAUAGACUUCCAGGCCUUCCGCUCCACCACCCAGACCACGGAAAACCGGGCUCGCCGAAAAGGCCCCAGCCUUCCCUCUUCGCCAGAGGCUUUCACCUAUGAGACAGCUGGCAAGUGCCGAGAGAAGCUCCCAGUGGAGGACUUGUACUUCCAAUCCUGCGUGACCUUUUGAGACGGGCGCGUCAACUUUACCCUGGCUGCUUACUAUGCUUUCGAAGACGUCAAGAUGCUUCACUCCAACAAGGACAAGUUGCACCUGUACGAAAGGACACGAGCUUUGGAACCGGGCAAUAUGGCCUCCUCAAAACAUUCCCUGCCCCUCCUCUUCUUUUGCUUCCACUGCUGGUCUUGA